AUGUCGAACCAGUACACAGUAGCCGACGUCGCAAAGCACAAGGACGAGAGCAACGGCAUGUGGAUCAUCGUCGACAGUGGCGUGUACGACAUCACAAACUUCCUCGACGAGCACCCAGGAGGCCCCAAGAUCCUGAAGAGGAUGGCUGGCAAGGACUCGUCCAAGCAGUUCUGGAAGUACCACAACGAGAAGGUCCUUGAGAAGUACGGCGAUAAGCUCAAGGUCGGCACGGUCAAGGAGCAGGCCAAGCUGUGA